CUGCAGCCCCAGGACCGCAGAGUAUCCUCAGGGACCUCCAACACCUCUACCCCAACAGAAUGAAAUACGCACAGUAUGUUUUCCUGGCAUCGAUCUUCUCCACUGUUGAAUAUAGCCUAGCACAGUCCUGCGCAGUGGAGUCUUUCUCUGUGAAAGACAAUUUUGAUCCAAAAAGGUAUGCUGGCAAGUGGUAUGCCCUGGCCAAGAAGGACCCAGAAGGCCUCUUCCUUCAGGACAAUAUCUCCGCUGAAUACACCGUGGAGGAGGACGGUACAAUGACUGCUUCUUCCAAAGGCCGAGUGAAGCUUUUUGGGUUCUGGGUGAUCUGUGCCGACAUGGCUGCUCAGUACACGGUUCCCGACCCCACCACUCCAGCAAAAAUGUACAUGACCUACCAGGGCCUGGCCAGCUACCUGUCCAGCGGUGGAGACAACUACUGGGUGAUUGACACUGACUAUGAUAACUAUGCCAUUACCUAUGCCUGCCGCAGCCUGAAAGAAGACGGGUCCUGUGAUGAUGGCUAUUCCCUCAUCUUCUCACGCAACCCUCGUGGCCUCCCCCCUGCUAUUCAGCGCAUUGUGCGCCAGAAGCAGGAAGAAAUCUGCAUGUCUGGGCAGUUCCAGCCUGUGCUUCAGUCAGGGGCUUGCUAGAAAAAUACUUCUGAUUCUGUCCUUAAGCACAGAAACCAGACCUCUUGGUCUUGAAGUUGUCAUUCAGCUAAUUGAGAAAAAAAGAAAUCAUAGUUUGGACUAGAGUGUUUUUCCUGAGGAGCACAUGAAAAA